GCAAGAGUUGCAAAAAAUCUCUUCCCUGCAGCAGCUCCUCUUACGAAACGUAUCGAGUUAAAGGGGAAGAGAGAGAGAGCAAUGAAAGGGAGGGGUAGAGCUGAGGCAGAGGGAGGAGAGAAGAGGGCACACGCAUCCGAUAAGAGCACAACAAACGGCAGUCCGCCCUGAGUCUGGGGGACCAAAGCUUUCUCACUCAGCAGGACAGUGUAGACCCGGACCUGCUCUCAGCUUCAGCCCUUAAGCUUCCACCCACCUCUCUGAGCCUGGAGAAGAAUGCAGGCAGAACUGCCAGCGACGCACAACCUCAACACAUGAUCACAGAGCAGCUGGAAAGGCAAGACAUCAUUGCUCCUAUUCAUGCUUCCUGUCCGCGCGCACGCUCUCGCUCUCCCUGACGCACACACAGACGCACUCCCUCAUUACCUUGCAUGUUGAGUGUGGCUAUUUCUCAGCCCAAACCUCUGUGCUAUUCUUAAACAGCUGCAACGUUGCUCCAGUGUCCUGCUGGUUUUCGAAGAGGACUGAAGUGCCAUUGCUUUUCUGCCCGACGGUUCUGACGUGCAGCUCACGGAGUGAUCCGUCUAGUCCAGUGGGACAUCCCAGCCAUGGAGGACACACUCACCUGUACUCCCACCACCUUCUCCCAGGUAUUCGGUCGCCAAGGGCAACUAAUGCAAGCUACUGUGCAAUCUCUGAACAGCCUGAAUGACCAGAUCGCUCACUUCAUGGUGAACAGACCUAAUGCCAUAGGCCACGAGGAGGACACCUUUCUGCCCCCUGAGAGAGAUACUCUAAAACAGUCCAUGGCUCUGAUGAGACACCUGCUCAUGGAUGCACAGGGGAAAAUCCUGAAAAUGAUGGAGGACAACAAGCAACUGGCUCAACGGAUCGAUGGGGCCAUCCAGUCAGCCAGCCAGGAGGUGACUAACCUGCGCUCGGAGCUCUCCGCGACCAGCCGCAGACUGGCAGAGUUGGGGGCGUGUAACCCCACCGGCCUGGAGAACAACCAGCAGAACCACCAUCACCACCACCACCAUCAUCUCCACGAUCCCAUGAUCCACCACCGGCAGAAGACUGUGGUGUCUGAUCUCACCUUCCAGACCGGCAUGUCAAGCUUGAUGGACUUUGGAACUCCAGACUCUACACUUGACAAAGUGUUGCUGAGGGAGGAGGUGGCUCAGUUACAGGAGGAGGUGCACCUCCUCAGGCAGAUGAAGGACAUGUUGAGUAAAGAUCUGGAGGACUCGCACGGUGGCUGCUCGGCCGACACGCUCUCCGCCGCCGAGCUCAGGGUGCAGCUCGGGGAGAAGGAGCAGGAGCUGGAACGUGCCAAGGAGGCCUUGCAAGCUAUGAAGGGGGAUCGGAAGAGGUUAAAGGCUGAGAAAGCUGAUCUGGUGAAUCAGAUGCAGCAGCUGUACACCACACUGGAGAGCCGAGAGGAACAGCUCAGAGAUUUCAUCAGAAACUACGACCAGCACAGAAAGGAGAGCGAGGACGCGGUAAAAGCGUUGGCUAAAGAGAAGGACAUGCUGGAAAGAGAAAAAUGGGACCUGCGCAGGCAGACCAAAGAGGCCACCGAACAAGCCAGCAGCUUGCGCUCCCAGAUAGACAUGAAGGAAAACCGAAUCAAAGAGCUGGAGGCAGAGCUCACCAUGGCAAAGCAGUCUCUGGCCACCCUUAAUAAAGACGUGCCAAAGCGUCACUCUCUGGCCAUGCCGUCAGAGCCCGUGGUGAACGGCAGUCAGGAGUGGGUGAUGCAGGCAGAUCUUCCCCUGACGGCAGCCAUUAGACAGAGUCAACAGACCCUGUACCAUUCACACCCUGCGGACAGGCAAGCUGCGUUGAGGAUCAGUCCCUGUCACUCCCGGCAGCCCUCCAUCAUCUCCGACGCCUCGGCAGCCGACGGCGACCGCUCGUCCACCCCGAGCGACGUCAACUCGCCCCGCCACAGGACUCAUUCUCUCUGCAAUUCCAUGGAGGACCUCGAGGACCAGAAGCGUAAGAAGAAGAAGGAAAAGAUGACUCUCGGUUCACUGUCUCGAGUGUUCGCCCGGGGUAAAUCUCAACGCAAGUCCUUGGAUCCGGGCCUGUUUGAUGACUCCGAUAGCCAGUCUCAUCCCAGCCAAUCGGAUGGUGAGGAGCAGCUGGAACGGCUGCAGCAGGCGGAGCUUACCCGCAGCAAGCCCAUGUCUCUGUGGAAGGCGGUCACUGUGCAGGCCUGGCUGGAGGUUGUCAUGGCAAUGCCCAUGUACAUUCGUGCCUGCUCUGAAAAUGUCAAGAGUGGGAAGGUGUUACUGGGCUUGACCGAUGAAGAUCUGGAGCUGGGGUUGGGCAUCAACAGCCCCAUGCACCGCAGAAAGCUCCGUCUAGCUAUCGAGGACUAUCGAGAGGCAGAGAAUGGACGAGGGCUUUCCAAAGCUGCUGAUAUGGACCAUCACUGGGUGUCUAAAUGCUGGCUGAGUGACAUCGGGCUCCCGCAGUACUCGCAGGUGUUCCACAACCAGCUGGUGGAUGGCAGAGUACUGAACUCACUCACACGAAAAGACCUGGAGACCAUCUUCAACAUAACCAAUAAGUUCCACAUAACAAGCAUUCUGUCUGCCAUUCAGCUUCUGCAAAUGCUCAACUUUGACAAAGAGGCGAUUCAGGCCCGUCGUGCUCAGUGUGAAAACCGAGAUCUGGAUCCGGUGGUGUGGACCAGUCACCGUGUCAUUAAAUGGAUCAGAGACAUUGAUCUUAAGGAAUACGCAGAAAGCCUUCAAAACAGUGGCAUCCACGGUGCUGUGAUGGUUCUCGAUCCGACUUUCAGCGCAGACAGCAUGGCCAAGGCUCUCGACAUCCCAAACAAUAAACACAUGAUCCAUCGUCAUUUAUAUGAGGAGAUGAAAGUACUGCUUAAUCCGGCAAGGACCAAUCAAGCCCAGGAUAAUAGGAAAGAGGGAACUCCGACACAUUCUCCUGUGUCAAAUUGUCGCAAAACUGAGGAAGGGUUUUCUCCCAGGCAGAAAGCUGGCAAGAGUCCUUUGAGAUUCAACCCCCUGGUCGCCGGUGGGCGAGACUUGAGUUUUCAAUGCUGUGGUUCACCACCCAGAGAGGAUCGAAUCAAGAUCUUGCAAAGGACCAAGGGCAGUCCUAUGCAUGCUUACUCAAGCAUAGAAAUAACCAAUGUCUGAUGGCGACUGAUGAACUAUAAAGAAUGACCUCCAGACCCUUAACCUCUAAAUGGACCAAAUGAGCUUACUUACUUGUAAAAAGUGAUUUGAAAAUUGUUCAUUUGCACGAAUUUGCAUUGGCAAAAAAAUCACAACUGAGCACUUAAAAGUCUUACAGACAAGUUGCAUUAAACAAGUAGAUAUUUUGUAACAUAAAACUUGGAUCAACGCUGAUUCUUGUUAGAUUUAGCCAAGAGGAUACAGUCAUGACUGCAGUGAAAACCAGUACCACAUGUUCAGAUGUCCAUUCCAUGCAUCAAGGUCAUCACAACACUGGGCUUGUUUAAAGUCACGGAAAACACCGGAGAGAGAAAAUUGUGGAGUAAAUAUAUUGUGAAACUGUUUUGAAUGUCUUAGCAAAGUCUUCUGUUUGUUUUAGGACAUCUGUCGACAUCUGUUAAGAUGUUUGUGCUUUUAAAGUUUCAUUUCCAUAGAACAAUUUAAAGCAACAGUCACUUUAUUGUCAAUAAUGUGUGUUAUAGACAUAACAUAACGGAGACUCAUACGAUAAAGAAAACUUAGGGGAAAUGAAGGAAAAUCAUAAUUUUUCUCUCUUAUUUCCUUGUUGUGGUUUCCAAGCUCUGGCUUACCAUGCAUGCAAUUUAAUUUGUUUAGUGGGAUUUAUAAAUAUAUACAGUAUAUUCAUUGUACAGUGACUAUCAUGAACAAACGAACAAUGAGGAAAUGCAACGAGAAUCUGCCUGGAAAGCCUUUGAUAUGCUAUGUAAGGAAUGAUCAGAAUGAAUGUAGGGAAAAGUAAUUUGCAGUAUUCAAUAAAGCCAAUGCAGUGCACGCAUUGCACAUUCUGCAGCUGUGUUUUCCCAAGCAAUCCAAAAGGAGCCACAGGGCAAUAUAAGCAAAACAAGUUUUGCAGCUUAACGUGUAACAGGAUUCUGAUGCAAACACCCUCUUGUCAUGGAUAUACAGGUUAUAUAACUUGAAUAAUUUCACAAAUUCAACCGAUCGUUCUUUUCAAGCUCAUCAGAAAUCAUUUACAUUUAGUCAUUUAGCAUACGCUUUUAUCCAAAGCGACUUUCAGGGAGCAAUUUAAAAUGGUAAAUGCUCUGAUUCACCUAUAUCUUUUUGGAUUUGACACAAAAUUUGUAUAUGAAUAUAGAAAAUAUGACUUGCAUACCAGCACUGUGAAAUGCAUAGGACACAGCUAAAGAAUAAAGCAGUUGCGUGUGUAUUUUUAAGGUGGGUUUUGCAAUCGCUCAUUUUGAUAUUAUUGUACCUUGUGGCAUUAGUGAACAUGUACUUUUGAGAAACAUCAGUAUAUAUAUUUCAUGUGUCGUUGACACAAUAAUCUGUUAUAUAGGAAAUAAAAGAAUCUACAUA